AUGUCAACGUUAGAUACGAGUCUCAAAGGACUUUCGCUGGUAAAAACAGCAGGCUGCCGCUCAGAAGUAAGGUGCGAUUGGCGCUCGCAGCUGGACGUGGAAAAAAUAAAAUAA